CCGGGAGGAGACGGGUUUUUGAAUGAGCGCGCUGAUGGCUGUUGUCGGCGAGGCGAGCGGGAUGGAUGAAGAGAUGGGUUUCCUGGAGUUGGACGACUGUGUGAUAUUCCAAUGCAAGAAGUGCCACACUGUGUUAGGAGAUUCUCUGCAGUGCUGUGGAUCGAACGCAACUCUCAACGUGCUGAUGUGUUUAACGGUGACAGAGGAUGUGCGUCUGGAUCCUACUACUUUUGUAGGGUAUGAAGGGCCUCUGACAGAAUGUCUUUACAGGUCCCUGUACUGCAGCUUCUGUAGAGUCAAUGUGGGUUUUGUACCUGUCUCUACAACAGAUCUGUACACUCACCUGCGUGGACUGUACUGUUUGGACAAGACAAUGUUGCACUGCUACACAUUACAGAGCGAUUCUCUCAUUGAAGCCUCAGCCCUGAAACUUGAACCACAGCGCUUAACCCCGUACAUAGGAGAGUUGAAAGCGCAGAUCGUUGAGACAUACUAUCGUCUGAUGGCUGCAAUGACGAUGCUGGAUGAGUUGGUUGAAGAGGAGUGUGGGCUCAGGCCUAACACUUCUGCGUUCAAACAUGAGUAUAAACCAGAGAUGAACUAUUGGGUUUAGGGUCCUGUUCCAGUUUGGACUGUGGGAGGUAGUACCACUGUAAAUUAAAUCACUCUUGACUGGAGCUGUUGAUGGUAUUAGAAAGGAAAUUUCACCUUCUCCAAGGAAUUCUGGCCUUGUGAAUCAAAACCCAACUAGUGAAGAAAGCAAUACUACCUUUUAAUCGUGUGAGCACCUUCCCCCACCCCCCCACGUUAUGAUGUAAUCCAAAUCUUGUUGCAUUUGGAUUAGAUUGUGCCUGAACUGGUGCCUAAACAGAAUUCUAAUAACUCAGAUUAUGUUCCAAUUGCGAAGAUUUUUGCUUUGUUCAACACUGUUCAAUUUAGCAAGCAAACUGCUUUAAAAAUGUACUAGCUUGAAUUACAAUAUAUUACAGUAAACAAGCUGUGUAAUGAAUGAUUUGAACAAUUCUCUGCUCUUGUAUUUUUCCUGUUUUGUCCUUGGUAUAUUUAAUGUUUUUUGGAAUAACUGUAUGCCCUGUUUUGUUCCACAACAGAAUUUGUAAUAAACUAAAUGUCUGUUAUUCUUUUACUAUUUUACUCAUGAGCCCAGGUCACGUCUUUUUCUGAUAUUAAUUAUAUUGAUUAUCUGAUAUUAAACAUGAAUUUAACAGAGCUCAGCCACUUCUUGAUGAAUAUUUAUUCCAUGACAAAAAUCUGAAGGCUUAGUUUAACUGGGAAACAGAAUUGUUGGUUUGUCCUUGGGUAACAGCAACUGAUCUGUAUGUUCUUCAAGUGUCGCCUUCAAUUUUUCUUCAGUGUGAGGAGUUUCAUGAAGGCUAAAACUUGACAGGUCCAAUAUUUGAAUUUUCCUUCAUGUCCAUUGUGCCAAGGGGUGCCCCAGCCUUUGACUAAGUUGUGCAGAAUUUUUCAGAAUCAGGUUUACUAUCACUAUCUUAAAUGAUGUGAAUUUUGUUGUUUUGCUAGAGCAGUACUGUGCGAAGAUGUAAAUCAUGUACAAGUAAUAUAAUUAGUAAUGUUCAUUGAUCAUGGUGGUGGAGGGGAAGUUUGCCCAGCAGACCUACAGGAGCAAGGAUACCCAUGGACACUAGAUGUUAGAUGUAGUUUCAUGUCUGUGGAACAUCAAAAUUACAAUGGUUACUAAGGGGAAAGCUUCACUGAAAAGUAAUUUAUGCACAGACGAAGGUCAAAGCAGAAGAGCCGUUAGUCCCAAGUAGUCCGUACAAUUGUUUAUGCUCUGUUACCUGACUGCUGCUAUCGAGUUUCUGUCAUUUCCUAAUGGUAAAUGUCUUGUCAAUCACCAUGUAAGAUCAGAAAAUAAAUGGAGAACACAGAAGUCUCAGUGUAUCUAUUCCUUACUCUGCAGAUGUUUCAGAUCAAUGACUUGUGAGCAAGGUUAACUGUUCCUUGCUCUGUAUAGAUGUUACCUGGCCUGACUAUUUUCAGCAUUUAUUAUUUCCACUAUUUACAGCAAUUUCUGUUAUUAAAUAACUGUGUUCUGUAUUUAUUUUGAGUAGAAAUCUAUAUUUUUGGCAGGAUAAUUUAGUUACAA